AUGGUUGCCGCGGGUAUCGUCACAUGCACGGCCCUACAGCUAGGGAUCACCGCCGGAUAUGGACGGUAUGCCGUCGAGUCAUCGCUCUCAAUCCCUGGGCGAUGGGCAUGGUUCCUACAAGAGGCCCCCUCCUUCUUCAUCAGCGCCUACUUUCUAUUCAGCUGCCAAACUACGACGAGCCGCUUGAUCCUGGGCCUUUUUGUUGGCCACUAUUUUGUGAGGACAUUCCUCUUCCCGCUGUGGCUGAAAUCGUCGAAGCCGACGCCGUUCUACAUUUUCAUGUCGGCGUUUUGUUUCUGCGCCUGGAACGGCUUCAUGCAAGGCGCCUACCACGCUCGGGUCAUCGACUACGAGGCAAACCACCUCUUCAAGCCGGUCAGCCUGGCGGGCGUCGCCCUGUUCUUCGUCGGAUUCGCCAUCAACCAACACUCCGAUCACAUUUUGAGGAACCUCCGGCAGCCUGGCGAGACGGUUUACAAGAUUCCCAGAGGCGGCCUUUUCGACUACGUCUCAGGCGCAAACUAUUUUGGUGAAAUCGUCGAAUGGUGCGGUUUCGCGCUGGCCGCUGGGACAUUGCCCGCCUACGCAUUCGCCCUGUUCACAGCCGCCAACAUUGGGCCGAGGGCGCUGCAGCAUCACAGAUGGUACUUGCAGAAGUUUGACAACUACCCAAAAGAACGAGCCGCCAUCAUUCCGUUCUUACUU